GUGGUUGGAAAUCGAAAUGCCCUGCAUCCAUCCGGAGCAGCCUCGGUAUGAUGAUUUGUGGUGGUUUUUUUCCCUUUUCAUCACAUCAUGUUUGUUAAUCAUUAGAUUAAUUCAUCCAUGAGGAGAGAAAUGUAGUAAUCUGCUACACUUUGUUGUACUUGCUGGCUUGAAGGUGAAAGCUGUCAGUUCUGUCAAUAUCACAAGGAUUUGAGUAGCUUCAGUGGUGGAAGUGGACGAGAAGGAACACAUAGGCAAACAAUUGAGUAAUAUUAAUUUCCUUGUGGCAAGAUGUGGUUAAAUAUAUUGUCGAAAAUGCCCUCAGGUUAACAUCGAAGUUUUUAUCAGUUCACAGAGGGAAGUAAAGUUUUAUUGAGGAAACAACAAGAAGAAGAGAGAAGAGAAGCAAGUCCUAUGGCUUCCGAGGCAACAAAGACGCCGGCAUUGCCUGCGACAAGCGAAAUAGAAGCUGAGAAUGCUACUGAAAUUAGAAGUAAGCUUUCAUAAUAUAAAAUGUAUGUACGUGGUUUAGGUAUGGCUAUUUAGUUUAGUUCAGUCUCGGUAGUUUGUCACAAUACUACUUGUGUUCAGUUUCUAAGUAUUAUCCUUUGGUUCUGCAGGUGCACGUUUUUCUGUAUCGGCAAAGCUUAAUCAAUCACAUAACAGUAAUUUAACUAUCAAAUCUUUCUGGGAGUCUUCGUGGGCGCUUGUCAUCGAUCUUAAAGUGGUUAAUCUGUGUUUUUUAAUUGUCGUAUAACUGGUCUUUUAUUUAACCUUAAAGCUCUAUAUAUUUCAUGAUGUUAGUUUAGUUGUCGAUGUGUGAUUUGGAUGCGAGAUUGUUGCAUUUCCGCGUUGAUAAACUAGAGUAAUAUUUACAAUGUAUAAGGUUAACAUAUGUUCCGCUAUAGUGAUUUUAGAGACUAACAUGACUGGGCAGGUACUAACUCGAACUGGCUCCAUUUACAAUGAGUUUUUUUUUUCUCAAGUUUAUCACGCUGCUCCUUUUCAGUCAGGUCAGGAUGGAAGCAGCAUUGUUUGUAUAGUUAAUCACAUGAUUUCGAGUGCAAUUUGGAAUAAAUAAGGACGAGUAAAUUUUUUUAAAGACUAACAAAAUUGCAGGAGCCCGUAGACUGACAUAUCCAUUAUGUUUGCUGAGUAUUGUGUUAUGCUUCAGUGGUUGACUAUGGCACUUGUAAGAUCUUGUUAUAAAUAUAACCAAGGAGAUGCGUGACGUUUGAAAGAGUUUAGCAAUAUUGAAAUAACAAUUGAAGAUAUGUGAAUUAAAUUUCGGAUAUAACUAAUAUUGAUGAAGCCGCUGGAGACCAGAAAUAUCCAAAAUCAAAAUCAACUCCCAAAAAACAAAGUCGACUAAAGUACAGCCGAGAAUGAAUAACUUAGAGUUAUUUAUUACCAAAAUUAAUUUAGAAAUUUAUGAAAACUGCGUAGAAUUUAUAUAGAGAUCAUAUACUGCUGUUUAAAAUUCACUAUGCUAUACAGAAGCUUAACCCCUCUACGUUAUUAUUGUACAAUUAACACCAGGUAAGUUUUUUACUCCAAGGCAAGAAGAAAACCUCAUUAAAUUUGGACUAAGAUGCCUCACGUAGUCCAAUGUUAAAAACUACAUCCAAUUGAAACGUUGAUUUAGCUAAGAAUCUAAUAUCCUUUUGUGCACACAACGACCCAGGGAUCUCUGUGGUAACAGAACGGCAACUUUCAGACAUAAGUGAUGACGUAGGUACUUGCUGGCGUGAGCUGGGACCAAAGCUUGAUAUCCCUGCAGCAAAGAUCCAAAACCUGGAUAACGAUUAUUGCUGUAGUCGCGACAAAGCAAACGCCUUACUCCUCUUGUGGAAACAGAAAGAAGGGAGAAAUGCAUUGGUAGGGUGUCUGGCGGAUGCUUUAGUAACCAUUGGGAAAAAAUGCAUUGCAGAAAAGCUUCUUGGUAAGUAGGUAUACCUGGUAAGAUGAGUGAGUGGUCUGUGAAGAUUGCUGCCAAAAUGCAUUUACAACCGAAAAGCCGGAUGAAUAACUACACGAUGAAGUCUUGGAAACAGUGGACAUUGUCACAAUAUUUCGCAAUCGACUUCGAUUUCCGUAGUUUCCCUGUCUGAUCUUAACAUAAAGGCGGAAUGUGAUAGUUCUGCCGAUACCCUCCCCCCUUGAGCGUUUGGAGAAGGCUGUUGUGAACAUAUGUUUUUAUAGCACGCGUGGAUCGAAAGUCUUUUACUCGUCCUUAUCUCAACACACCUACUGAUUAAUAAGAGCGCGAUUACUAUUUCGGGGAUUUUGCAGUUCUUGAUAGAGCAAUUGACAACUUGGUGUUGAAAGUGAUUCUGGAUUGUAAUGAUUUUGACGACCUUUACCAAGAAACUCGCACCACUCAAGACUAAAAUCAAACGGGACUUGUAGACCCGUGCUUUAAGUAUUUUGCGUGUUUAUGCUUUGUGCUCUCAUUGGCUCCUGACCACUGAUAUUUGCCUUUGUUCUAAUUGGCAGUUGGUACAACUCUGGGUGUGGUUUUACGAGACUCAAUCUUAAAAGCGCUCUAUAAAUUUUCCAGCGACCCUAUCAUCCGGAUUGUGUGUAAUCAUGAUUGUUGAAAAUUGGUUGUUUAAAGAAAAG